AUGUGCAUCGCACUAAUAUCUACUGCCCACCCAGCAUAUCCCCUCAUCCUGAUAGACAACCGGGAUGAGUAUCUGAACCGGCCAACAGACCGGGCAGGAUGGUGGCCAGAUCCAGAUACUCACGUCCUAGGUGGCCGUGACAUGCUGCGAGACGUUCAUGGCACCUGGCUUGGUGUUACGAAGGCUGGAAAAAUCGCUGUGCUGACCAACUACCGUGAAUACACCACCCAGCCCGUUGGUGCGGUUAGCCGUGGGGCCAUCAUGAAGAAAUUCUUGGUCGAAGAUGUGGGACCUGUCGAUCAAUUCGUGAAGGAAGUCGUCACCACAGGCAUCGCAAAGGACGCGGGUGGCUUCAGUCUCGUUUGCGGAACGGUUGGUAAAAAGCUGGCUGUCAUCUCUAAUCGUGCAGAAGACCACAGUCAAGUUCCCUGGAUUGCUGGCGAUACUGUUCAAACUGUCGGCUUGAGCAAUGCUGCCUUUCUCGAUCGUUCUUGGACAAAGGUCACCCUGGGUGAGCAACUCAUGCUUAACUCCAUCCGCGCCAGUAUCGAACAGAACGACACCGAGGAUCAAUUCAUCCAGAGACUACUCGGGGUUCUCAGCCACAAUACCCUGCCCGUGAUAGAUGAGCAGGAACCCCGCCAUGGCCUCGAGACUUACAUCCCAGCUCUGCGAAACACCAUCUUUGUCCCUGCCCUGGGCAAAAAAGAUAGCCCUACUCUUCCGGGUGAUGUCCUCCGAGCAGCGAAACAGAUGGAAAAGGUUGAUGUUAUUGGGCAUAAUACGCCAAUACGCCAAGAUAGUCCUGUCCCUGGCACGACAGGCAAACCCGUCGUCCUCGGGGCUAGUGGGCUAUAUGGCACACAGAAGCAAACGGUGGUUCUUUUUGACAAAGAUUCCAACAUCAGGUUUUUCGAACGGACCUUAUAUGACGAGAAUUCAGACCCCAUCCCAGCAGGUGAAGCAGAUACCGAUGUGAAAUUCAAGGUCCAGAGAUAG